AUGUCAAUUCCUCCAUUAAAAACAUUCGGGAAUUGGGCAGAACAGAAAAGUUCAUCAGGGAAAAUCUACUAUUAUAAUAAACACACGGAGGUUAGUUGCAUUCACUUCUUUAUUGAGAAUAUGAAGUUAAUUAUUUAAAGGUUUCACAAUGGGAAAAACCACAAGAUUGGAAAGACUACGAUGCAAAAGGGGAGCAGGAUCGGAUUGUUCCCGAAAAACAAACAUUUCAGGUAUUUUUUGGAACGGGCACAAUUUUCUUAAAGUCUGAAUAGGAUUAGAGUUCUCUGGUAUUUUUUCAAAUUGGACUAUUUAAAAAAAUAUAUUUCGAAAUCGUCUAAUUCGAUCCCCCAACCCAAGAAAAAUAUGAUUGAAAAAUUGUUGUGUAACUUUCCAAGUCCGAAUAAAUUUUAUUCGGAAAAUGCUCAAGGGACUCAAUUUCAACUCAGAAUCUGUCUCCUUUUCCAUUAUUCCAAUAUUUGCAGUCAACACCUGUUCCGCCUCCAAUGAUGCAUCCGCCUCCAUCAAUGAACCCCUAUAUUCAUAUGCAACCUCAUUAUAUGGGAAUGCCUCCACCUCCUCCAGCCGCUGCUCAUUUUCCACCUCCAGGCUACCCUUCUCAAUAUUAUGCCCCACCAUCAAAUUCUGGUCAAAUGUAUCCGCCGCCACCUCCUAAAGCAUAUCCUCCACCUCCAAUUAUGUCUCGCCCAACUGGUAUUCCUCCACCUCCACCAUCAGUUUCAACAUCGCAGAAACAUAUGGGCUCUCAUGAUUUAUAUAAUUGCCCCCCAGCAACUGGUUCUGUUGUUCCACCUCCGCCCCCACCAUCAGAUAAAACAAUGCGUAAUUCAUAUAUGCAAAAUAGAAAGUAAGUUUAUUUUUGGCUGUACCGAAACAUUGGAUCUGGAGUUUUUCUGUACUUCUUUGUCAUGCAAAAAUUGUGUUUCUAAAAAAUCCUGUGAGGUUAUCAAUGAACAUUGCUUGAAACGAGCAAUUAUAAGUAUAUAAAUUUCAGAGAAUAUGAUCACAUAGUUUCACCUUCAACAUCAAAUGCAAAAUCAAAUGGAUCAAUAAGUAUACCUUCAACACCUGGAGAUGGAGGUGGAUCAAUAUAUAAAAGAGAAUUGGCCAACUUGAAAAAUGGUCAACAACAACAACAGCAUAAUAAUAAUAGCAGUCAUAAACGUGUUUUGAGUCCUCCUGUAAAUAGUGAAACACCGAGAAAAAAGGCAAAUAAUGGAAAUGGUAUUAACAAUUAUCAAGAUGAACAAAAUCAAAAACAGAAUGAUUGUAGUGGUUAGUUUAUUUAUAUACAAUUUUGAAAUAAUAUCCUCCAAAUUUAUUGAUUUUAGAACCAUCAACAUCAAAUUCUGAUAAAAACGAUGAUACUUUGCAUAAGUAUAAAUAUUAUGAUCCUGUUAUUGCAAAUGAAAAAUCGAAAAUGCUUGGAUUAAUGGAUGAAGACGAAAGGAUGGCAUUGGUUCGUUUUUUGAAAACUUCUGAGAUUCUGUUUAAGAAUUAAAAUCAAAUGUGAUGUGUUUCUCAUUUUAUAAUAGUUCAGCGAAUAGAAAUUCUCAAUUUCUAGGGAGAUUUUAUCUUUAUUAGAAAGUUUCUCAUUUAAUUUCAUGGAAAAGAAGAUCGGAAUACUUUUCCCCCAGAACAUGAUCGGUUGAAAGUAAGAAUUUUUUAAAGAAAUGUAUAAAAUAUUAUUUCAUGAAACGUGAACUUCAUGUAUUUUUAAAAAUUCGCUGUUUUGAUUUUUGUAGAGAAGAAUUCUGAAAACCUACAUUAAUGAACAAGGUUUUCAGAAUUCUCCAAAAAUCUCGAAUUGACCUACAAAAAUUGACCUACAAAAAAAUGACCUACAAAAAAUUCUGUCGAAAUUUCAAUUUUUGAGCACUUUGAGCACAAAUUUGAGUGUGCAACACAUCGCUGAAUAAAUUCCGAAUUCUCAAACCUUGAACUAUAAAAAUAUAAUUUUAUAGCCCGGAAAUAGAAAAUGCAACGAUAUUUCCCACAUGGACUACAUUUUUCCAAAAAGUGAUUAUUAGAGAGAUUCCAGAAGCUUCAAUAUUCCUCAAAAAGUGUUGAAACAUCCGAUAUCUAAACAAUAAUUUUUCAGCAGAAAAUAACUCGUGAGAGUCUAGCUUUGGAAGCAACAAUAACAGCUGAACAUGUUGCAAGUGUUGGUGCUCGUUGUAUGGUUGCAGCAGAAGAUCACGCAAAACGAAUAUUUGAAUCACAAUGGGAAGUUAAUCGUGUAAGUUAUAACAAAUCAAUUCAACUCCUUUAAAAAUGUAUUAUUGUUUUUAGAAGUCUCUUCAACGACUGAGUGAAAGUAUUCAAGACAGUGUUCCGGAUUUCAGCAAUGCAAUGCAAAUGACAACAACAGGAAAAGAAAUGCUACUUCAAACCACAUGA